AUGUUUCCACGCAUUCUGCCUACCUCGCGUGCUGCCCGCUCGCUGCGCACCCAUUUUGACCAUGCGCGCCGCAUGUAUUCCAACGAGACGGCACAGGUGCUUCUGAUGGAUGAUAUUCUGCUUUCGGCAAAUGAACUGGCGCGUCUUGAGACGCAAGCGCAAGUCUUUCGCAACCAAGCUACGAACCGUGCCGAAUUGAUUGAGGCAUUUAGACCCGGUGGUCCGUACGCAAACAUUCAGGGCCUUUAUCGCCACUUUGGCGGAAACCGCUCCAUCCGCAUCUCGGGCCGCUUUGAUGCGGAACUUGUCAAUGCGCUCCCACCAUCGCUCAAGUUCAUUGUUCACAACGGCGCCGGCUACGAUCAGCUGGAUAUCGGUGCACUGACUGCACGCGGUAUUCAGGCGUCCAACGUUCCCGUCGUCACGAAUGCACCCACCGCCGACACGGCGCUGUUCCUCCUGCUCGGCUCGCUCCGCCGCUUCCCCCUCGCCAUGGCACAGCUGCACAAGGGCGUGUUCAACAGCGAGUUUCCGUUCACCACUGCCUCAAAUCCAGAGGGUCUGGUGCUCGGUAUCGUCGGCGCAGGCGGCAUCGGAUCCGAGCUCGCGCGGAAAGCAGCAAAUGCGCUUGGCAUGCGCGUGAUUUACCACAACCGCAACCGUCUUGCGAAUGAGCGCGAGGUUGUGGGAAUGCCUGCGGGCCUGCAGAUGUCGUACCGCGCGACACUCAAGGAGCUGCUCGAGGAGAGCGACGCGGUGAGCUUGCACUGCCCUUUGACGCCCGAGACGCAUCACCUGAUCGGUGCCGAGCAGUUGAAGCAGAUGCGGCCACACGCCGUGCUCAUCAACACUGCGCGUGGGCCCGUUGUGGACGAAGCGGCGCUUGUCAAUGCGCUCGAGACGGACGAAAUCGCGGGCGCUGGGCUCGACGUGUACGAAGAAGAGCCAAAAAUACAUCCCGGCUUGGUGGCGCUCUCGGAGACCAAGGCGCUGCUUGUGCCGCACGUCGGGACACUGACACUGCAGACACAGACGAACAUGGAGACCGCAUGUCUCCGGAACCUCGCUCACGGCUUGGACACGGGCGCGCUAGCAUUCACGGUGAAGGAGCAAGCGGGGCUUAACAUGCACGCAUAA